AAUGCAGGAUCGGUCUCGAGUUGAAUGCAAUCGUCUGUCAGCUCGUCUACAUCGGUUUGAAAAUAGUAGUCUCGUCCUCGAUCAAGAUACACAACAUGCCAGGUCUCCAACUCUCACGCCUCCUCCACCACACCUCUCAAGCUCCCAUAGCGCCGUUCCUAAGGUAAAAACCAAAAUCCAAACCAUGGAGUGAGUCUUCAAAAAUACUUUGCUUCGAUUAUAACCAUGUCCAUGAUGUAGCGUAGCUUUAGGUAGCACAUGACUUUUCAUCUUUCAGCACUUGUUCUGCUCAAGAAUCAUGGUAGGUAUGCUCCUCUACUAACACGAAAAUAUAUUAUUUCAUCGAACAUCUGCCAAUUAUGCAUCCAAACAACUCAUAGUGUUCUUGUUGUAAACUUAUGAGGUGUAUUAUUUAAUCUGUGAGUAAUAUCACGGAAGAUACAACUUGUAACACUACUAGUAUUAGUGAUGACGCUGAUUUACGUUUAGCUGCUACAAAAUAGCGUAGUGAAAAAAUGUCGUCAGCUUCUAUGCAUUAUCGUGCCUUGCACGAGAAGCAGUUUCAGCAACUGCUAAAAAAUGAAGGCGCGUACAAAAGACUCCGUAUGAUCCGGGAUUGCGAAGCGCAAUAUCUGCCGGGGGUAAUGUUUUUGAUACUGUUUGAAGAAUAUUCCACUUGGUGUUGGUUGUUCGAGACAUGCUGACGAGAAAGACAGCACUGAGUCUAUUGUGCUUUUUGCAUAAUUUUUUUACAGCCAUGGUCAUUAGGAAUUGUUGAUGUCAGUGUUCACUUCGUUGAAGGACGAGUGUCAGAAAAUUCCGCUAGAGUAGCAGAUUAUGCUUGUAGUCAUUCAUAAAACCUAUUGCCUUUUCGUUUUUGUGUCUGCAUCGCAGGACUUGACUCUAUCUGUGUCCCUAGCAACUUUGAUUUCCUUUUCCCUAUUUUCAAAAAUAGAAGCGACGUCCACGACGUGCGCAGUCAUUGGAAAAGUACCAUAAGGCUCGUGGUCUCGGAGCGGCAGUUACCUAUGGCGGUGCAGCAAGAGGCACCUCCCAACAUCGCUCUCCGAGUUUGUCAACACUAGACCCAAGUCUCGAAAUGUCGAUGUCACCACCACCUCCGAGAAACGCUGCGCCAAGCCCCUUCGGGCAGCGCAAGGUGAUCCACCAUCCCUAUCCGGAAAUAAAAGGAGAUGCGAGUGCGAGGAAGUACUUUUCACUUUGCUCCUUAUGGUUCAAGUCUUUUGACUUUGCUGGUUAUGGUUCUUUGGUGUUCAAGUGCCUACGAUGAACAUGAAGUAGAUCUUGUUUAUUUUCCCUAACUUCUUUGUCGUGCAUGAAGAUCGUCCUCCAUCCUGAUUCUUUUGUCCCCACCACCACAGCAUCUCUCCCGAAGCAGAUCCGCUCUCCUACUCGAUGCCAAUUUUGCCGAAACUAGCCGGUAUGCCACGUCAAGGCAACUCGACCACCACGACGAAUAAGGAACCAUCAAGCAAAGGCAUUGAAUCCCAGCGCAGUCAACAGCCGUUUCAGUACUACUCCGAAGAGAAGUCCAGUACUCUGAACCAUGUCACUUUCUCCGCCAGAAGAAAGUUGGAGCUGGCGAGCAUUACGAGGGAAUUGGUACUAUCUAUCAUCAUGUGAUUGCAUUUUUGAUCCUUGUAGUGAAGAUGAGCCGGACCGUGAGGAAUGUACUUGAGACCGCAAGAAAAAUGACAGUCAUUUUCUUCUCCUUGGUCCCACAUCUACGAAGUCUCCUUCCCACAUCCAAUCAAUCAUUCUCUUCUCCUUCUCAAUCAUUCUCUUCUCCUUCUCAUCUCCCUCCAAGGUCGCGGAACUCAAAUCUCCUCCACCUGGAAGUCCACUCGCGAGUCGUGCCAACACACCCAAAAGGCGGCGCUCUCAGAGCCCGCGCAUGGAUGGAACCGCAUCACGAAGAGGAAGCCAGAGAUCGGAGGCUAACAUUAUGCUGAAGGUUUCUGUCAAAGUGAACGUGAAAGCUACAUUGAUUCAUGAAAUAACCAAACAGCGAGAAGCCGUGUUUAUUUUCUGCAAAAUCCCGGCUCUAUUCUAGCUGCAAGAAAAAAACAUUUGCUCUAUUCUAGAAGUUGUAUCUCUUCUCCUCUAACCUUCCCGGUGAGCACAAGCGUCAGUUCUGCGCUGUCUUGCGACGAAAAUUCGGUUCCGUUUGCAGUGGAUGGCGCUUCGGAUUCCGAUACGAUGGCGCUGUCCAUUUCAGUGAGUUCUGCAGUGCAUGCAGACAACAUGGUAUUGGUGGAGACAUUCGAAGCGUCUGGGCUGAGUUGGAUGCCAACCAGACUGGUGUGGUCAAACUAGAAGAUGUGCACCCGCAAGCAGCAGCGACAUUGAAAGCGUUCUAUGAACAGUACUCGAGUUCUUCAGGGAAGUCGUUUCGUAGGUCCAAUCCGAACCGAAUAACAUCAUCACUUGAGUUUUUGAGAUUUGGACUUUGCUUCUCUCUCUCUAGGUUACUGCAACCCAGUGUUCUUGAGUAUCACUAGUGAUUGUGAUGUUAAUCUCAAGCACAAAAUUAAACCAUGACUAUGAUCCCACAACAUCACCGAACAACCCCAACCCUCCCAAUCCCAAUCACCCCCCAGGGUCCAAGCCAAAGCGAAGAACACUCUUGCUGCAUGGCGCAUCCUCGAUCCGCACAACACACAACAAGUGGAGAAACAUCAGUUCAUUUCGAGGAUUAAGAAGAUGAACUACGAAGGAGACCCAGAACAGGUGUGGCCGUUUUUGCUGGCGCCAUUCAAGAAGACACUGUCUGUUGACGAGUUUGACCCGGUUGCCGGUUUGGCCCAACGCCGUGGUGACGAUGACAUGUUGGCUUUGACCGAGAACUCGGUGAACUACAAGAGGGCGAUGGUACAAAAACUAUUUUUCGAUGAUUGACUAUAAGACUCAAAAAAAUGGAUACGCUGUACAACUAGGUUUCUUGAUGUCAAGGAGAAUGAUUGCAGCACCUGCUCAGUCUUAUAAUGACUCCAAAAGCCUGCAUCCAAGAUGUACUCCCAAAUCUUUUUCCAGACCCUCAAAGCCCGUCAAGAGUUGGCUAAGGAACAAGGCCGCCACUUGCUCAAAACGAUGUCUGCUCGUACUGUCGAGGAAUUUAAGGAUCUGCUGAAGAGGCGAUAUAGCAACCUUUGGCGUGCCUGGUUAAGGGUGUAGGUAAUGCAUCUUUGACGGCAUCCUUGAAAGGUAUCAGGGAGUAUUAGUAUUACAAGGGAAUGCCCCCCCAUACUUUUCAAGGAUGCACUUGAAAGAUGAACUACGGACCUUUCUAACCUGGCGUAAGGGUCUAGGUUGUGACGCCACCAAGAAACUGUCCUUUACCGAGUUCUGUCAGGCAUGCCGUGACGUCGGGUUUCAUGGUACUACAUUAAUUCGUCGUUGGGUCGUUUGCCAAUUUUUAUAGCGGUUUUGACCUUAAUACAACAAGAAAAAGAUGACAUUGAUUUUGACAUUCUAUCAUCUCCAAAUCUUCGACGCAACAAGUACGCAACAUUUAUAUUUAUUACCAUAGUAAGUACUACUACUAACACUAGUAAGAACAACAACCACCUCCAUAACCACCUUCUUUCAGGCAACGUGAAGGGCACUUUCAUGGAGAUGGAUGAUGACAAUUCUGGCGUCAUCUCUCUGAAAGAACUCGACGAACCUACCUACAACAAGAUCUUGAACUUCCGCCGUCUCUGCAUCGAAAAGAAGGGCUCCCUACUCGAAGCGUGGAUCUGCCACUUCGAUCUGAAGCACAGUGGGCGAGUGGAACUGCCGGAAUGGAAGAAGAAGUGUGAGGAAUUGGGCUACAAGGAGAGCGCGGAAGAAAUGUUCCGCUUGCUGUUGCUGGAGGAUCGCAACUUCAUGAACGUGGAAGAUUUUGACGGCAAAGUUGCAGGAGCAGUGCGGUUGGACGACUAUCGCGCGUUGCUGGACCCGACGUACUUCUAGAACUCUACUUACUUCUAAGUAAGUAGAACUUUACGUUCACUCAGAAGUAGUAGUAGAGAUCAUGAUCAUGGACCCUUAAUAUUUUUUUUCAUCAACUUGAUGUAUGAAGAUUUCGGCAUUCUAGCUAGUACAACACGAGUUGAAAUUAUAUUUCGACAUCACCAUUAACACUACAGUCUACUCAAUGCAAAUGCAUCCACUUAGAUCAAAACAAACUCACACCUGUCGACAAUCGGAUUCAACUACAACAGUCGUGAGCUCGCUUUGGACGAAUCCCCAACUGGCUCUCCUGAGAAUUCGCCGUCUCCGCGAAAGGGUCCUAUGGACCAAACCUUCGAGGAACGACAGGAGGAGACGAUCAGAAGUCAAUUAAAACGUGCUAAGGACAUGGCGAGACAGAAAUUUGGUACUGAUUCUGAAUCUUAUAUUUCAUGAUUAUUCGUCCCUAUUGGUUCUGCUUCUUUAUGUUAUUACUCAGAGGAUAAUUUUAGUUUGGUCUGCUCCACCAACAUUAUUCAGAAGAUAAUGAAUCAUUCUUUAUGAAUGAAUGAAUGAAUGCAGUAGGGCUGCGUUUCAAUUUCUCCUGCCAAGAAAAGCAAGAAGGUCUCUACGAAGCGUAAACGUAACUACAAUGCCACGGAGGUGAAGGCCUCUCUCCUAGCAGGUUCUUUCAAGGUUCAAGGUUCAACCCUUGAAUCUAGAUGAAAGCCUCUCUCUUAGCAGGUUCUUUCAAGGUUCAAGGUUCAACCCUUGAACCUAGAUGAAAGCCUCUCUUCUAACAGGUUCUUUCAAGGUUCAAGGUUCAAAACCCUCGAACCUAGAUGAAAGCCUCUCUCCUACUGCACUAAAAGCUGUAGGGGCAGUAGCGUAGUUGUUAAGGAGAUUAAGAACUCCCCCCUACGCCGGUAGCUACGCGGAAAAUACGCAGGUAGGAUUUGAUUUAUCGGAACUCGCUCGCAAAACACGCAGGUAAGUUUUGACUUAUCGGAACUCGCUCGCACUACAAAAAAAAAAAAAAAAGCGAGAUUAAUUGGAUUGUAUUGUAAUAGGUUCUUUCACUUUCCCUCUACAUGAUCCAACCUCAACACAACUCACAACACAACUGACAACACAACAGCCAUGCUCCGCCGUCGUGCUUCUUACCUGGACGCUGGUGAAGAUCUGGGUCCUCAGGAUAUGCACUCCUUCAAGGCCAUGCUGAAGCGUAAGUUUGGAUCGGUUGCUCGUGGUUGGCGUGCAGGUAUGUGCCGCGACAGCUGCAACGAAGGUGGAAAACUGGCUUUCAACGAGUUCUGUAAUGCCGCUCGUGCCUUGGGAUAUGUGGGGAACUUGAGUUAUCUCUUCAAGACGAUGGAUGACGAUGGUAACGGUCGCAUCUCUUUGGAUGAGUUAGAUCCGGAUGCCCAACGCAGAAUCGACACCUUCAACAGGCUGUGCUGUCAGAAGUACGGAAAUCUGGUGAACGCCUGGAAGAAGGGCUUGGAUGAAGACAAAUCCGGUCGCUUGGAAUUGGAUGAGUUUAUUAGGAAGUGCGGGGAAUUGGGGUAACUUUUUAAUAUUAGAGUUGGAUUUUGAGUUCAUGAGGUCAUCGUCAGGAUUUUGAGUUCAUGAGUUCAUCGUCAACAUCUGAAGAUUAUCUUCAUGAUGGGACAAGAACAAGAUCAUCUAUGAAACCUCUUUGCCUCCUUCCAGAUACCCCGAAGACCCCAAGCUGCUGUUUAACACGAUGCUCCUCGAGCAGGGACGGCAAUACCUGACAAUGGGAGACUUGGAUCCGUUUUUGAUGAAAAACUAUCUCUCUGGACACCACGAGCUCAUCUUGUUAAGGUCAGCUCUUAUCCAUCCUUCUCGGCAUCUCGGUACCCUUUUCCCUUGUAUUCUCAUGAAAUACAAGGUAAAAGGGGUCAAGAUGAGGGGGCCGAAGUGCAAUCUCGCGGACUCUAAUCUUGGCGCCAAAAUUGACUUCCGCUGACCGCAUGCGCAUGACAUUUCAAGAACGUCAGAGCCAGAGUUUCUCUGCACGAUUGGCCAACUUCAUGGGCUUGGAAAAGAGGGAGGCGCUUGUGAAGUACUUUCUUCUUUUGUCAGUCUUCUUUUCAUUGUGUUGCUGUCAGAGUCACUAGUUGAUGGGUUGCAAAGCAAAGUUGGUUAUGCAGAGAACGCAGCAAAUUUUGUUCAAUGAAGAUCUUUGUUUCGCGAAGACGCGACCACUUAUUAUUCCAAACCACAGAGCCGAAAAAGAAAAGAAGGCUGCUAUGUUGGCUGCCAAAUCUGAGGAAGGAUUCAAGCAGCAGAUUGUGAGAAGGCACGGCUCUAUGGCUCGCGCCUGGCGAUACGGUUUGGAUAGCGAUGGAAACGGUAAACUUAUUCUCUAGUAGGCUUUUCAUGGGAAAGAUGUAGAUUUUUCAUUAGAUGAGAAUUAGAAUAAGUUCCUAAAACAACUAGGUACGUCGUUUAUCUUCCCUCUACUCACCACGUAGGUCGCCUCUCCUUCAACGAGUUUAUGCAAGCUGCGCGUACUCUCGGUUACGCUGGAAAUAUGAAGACCCUCUGGGUCGUCCUCGGUGGGGAAGAGAUGGGCUUCCUCGGUAUGCAACACCUCGACAAACCGCUCAAAGACGACUUAGACGCUUUCAAGAAGUGCCUCUUGGAACGCUACACCACUAUCGUCGAUGCUUGGGCAGCCUUGUUGGACCUACAGCCUGGCCAAACCAAGAACGAUGAGAUCGAUUUCGAUGAGUUCAAGGAGAUAUGCAGUAUUGUUGGCUUCGAGUCUAAGUCUCAGAGUCUGAAAGACUUCUUCGGCAAGCAGUUGAUCGCUGAGUCCCAUCGUAGAGCGUUGAUCUUGUCAGAUUUGAAGAUCUUGAUGUUGGAAAUGGACAAAAAGACUUACAACGAGCAGUGGUUUGGAGGGGCGGACAGGGCCAAGGAGUGGAUGAAGACCUAUAAUGCGCAUAGCGGGAAGCAGCAGACGGUAUUUUUGGAAGUUUUUAGAACUGAGUUUGCAGAUGUUGCUGUUCUUGUCGUUGUGCCGCAGGUACUCUAAGUAAACUCCCAAACGACAUCCUUCGACAUCUCACCCACAAUCAAUCACAGGUUGCCGCCGAAAUCGCCAAAGAGAAGGAGGAGUACGAGAAGAAGAUGGGGGCGAUUAUUGCGAAGUCUAAGGAGGGUUUCAAAAAGAUGGUUUUGCACCGAUAUGGCUCGCUCUUGCGUGCCUGGAGACAGGGUCUGGAUACGGAUGGCAACGGUACGACCAAUACUAUCUUAUGCUCGAAGUUCGUCGAUGUCGAAGUCUUUACUUUAGGGUGACAUUAUUUUAGGGUCUCAGGCGAGCAUCUUGAAUCCAUUUUUUUAAUUACGCUCAUCACAACUCUUCUCUUCGUGCCUACAUUAUGCUUUCUCCUCAAAAACCGCAUCAGGCCGUCUCUCCUACAACGAAUUUAUCAUGGCUGCGCGUACAUUCGGUUACACAGGAAAUAUCAAAAACCUUUGGGAGUCACUCGGGGGAUUCGAGACAGGUAAAUACUUGUCACCUAGAGCUGCAUGGUCCAGAACCGAGCUACUCAGCUUUUCGAUUAGAGGAAAGACUUCUGACUAUCGGGGUGCUUCACUACAUAGCACGCUUUGAAUCCCAUCAGCUUUCUUCUACCAGCUACAGCUUCCUCCUCCCCACACACCCUACAGGCUUCCUCGGUUUGGCUGCGUUUGAGCCCGAUCUCAGAGAUGACGUGCACGCUUUCAAGAACUGCCUGCUCGACAGGUAUGGAUGCAUCAUUCUCUCAUGGGAAGGCAUGCUUAGGGAGAUCAAGGAGGAGACGGGUAAUAGAAUCCUUUUAGAUGAAAAUCCUUUUAGAUGAGAAUCCUUAGAUGAGGUGGUGGAUGAUGAGAAUCUAGAAGACAGAAAUAGAAUCCGUGCUGUCUUUUAGAUGAGAAUAGGCACCGCCGUGCCUAAUCUGCUUCGUUUUCAUUGCAACUCACUGACAAAUGACAAUAGGAAAGACGACUAAAAAGGCAUGAGAGGCACAAUAGUAAAACCACACGCCGCGGCUAUGAAGCUUUGUGUAUAACAAGGUAAAUCCUCUUGCUAUGACGUUGCCAAAGGAAUUCAACCACUGCACAAAUCACAGGUAAGACAAAGCCCGACGUCGAUUGGGAAGACUUCAAGUUAGUUGUUGGCAAAAUCGGCUUUACACCGAAGACCUCCUUGAAGAAAUUCUUCCACAAAGAGCUGAUUGCUGAGGCAGGCCGCACAAGGUUACUGCUGGAGGAUUUGGACGUGCUGAUGAUUGAGCUCGACAGGAAGCAGUACCAGACUCAAUGGUACCAUUUGCGUUUUUGUUUUCAGUGUUUUUUCUUCUAAGGCUACUCUCUCAUUUUUAGGUUUUCUCGGCAUGACAGCAUAGAAGUAUAUUUUUGUCAGAGUCGAGCAUUCCCGAACCCGCCUCACCCUUCCAGGUACGGUUCCGUCGAAGCUGCGAAGAGUGCCGCUUUGUUGAAACACGGAACAGGAACUCUGCACAGGACUAAGUCUAACGUUUUGGAGCUUCAGAGACGGCAGAAGACGAUGGACGCAGCAAUGUUCGACUCAAUGAAAACGGAUGAGAUCAAUUAUGGAAAUCGUGUUGGUGUAGUAUUCCAUGGCGAAAUAAUCACUUCACUCCGAUCUCGAAAUACUCACGAUUUCGCUCCGCUGUUCCCUAUCCGGUGAUUAUUGUCUUCAAAACCUUCCCUAGUACGCCUCUACCUCUAACCCCCAAAGCGCGUAUCGAAGACCAUGGGACCCACCGUAAAUACCGAAAAAAAUCCUCGAUUCCGAAGCAACAGUAUGCAAGCGCUCCAAAGUAAGAAGAGAAUGGGCAGCAGUGGCAUUCCCGCUGGACGCAGUGUCCGUAGUCAGUCACACAGCACGGCGCGCAGAGAAUUUACCAUUGCGCCAGAUGAAAUGCCGGAAGAAUUAUGGCCGUUUGACCCCUACUACUCCCUGACAUUAUCUCUCGAUCACAGUCACAGAUGUGCGUGUGCCCAUUUUUCCGUGCAGCAUAUUUUUAGAUCUUUCGUGAGAAUUUUUGAGUAGAUGUUUCUCUGUCUGAAUGUGAAUGGAUCCUCUAAUCGUCGCCCCCGCUCCAGUCGAAGAAAAGCCAGCCGUAGUCGUGGAAAAGCGUGCACCAUCUAAGGAGGAGCAGAAUCCUUCGCUUGCGCUUGACGAGGCGGCAGAAGAGGACUUAGCCAGCACCAAGCCAGCACCAAAACCUAAGCGAUUGGGUAAAGGCAUGCGAUCGAUGACCAUGAGAAUCGAAGAAAUGCCACAGGAUCUGGAUGAGGUAUGAAGAGGCGUUUUUGAUGCUCGUAGUGUGUUGAAGUGGUGUUUCGGCUGUUGUCUUUCAGCAUGAUGAAGAUAGGAGAUCCAGAUCAAUUCCCAAGAAAGAGUUCAUGAAAGUGAAGAGCUGUUGAAGAAAUAAUGAAAAAAGAUCUGUGGUUUCGUUGCUAAUGCGCAUGCAGUUCUACUACCCGUAGUCAUCUAUCCCCGAGACCAACCCCCACCUUCAUUCUCCGCUGACGACAACGCGAUUGCAGCAGCAUUAAAACCAGUUGUGGAUGAGGCGGGUCUCUUCGACCAUCUUCUUACAGAAGAAGCAACUAAAUCUGACGAGGUAGUAGAAGAAAAAGAUCCUUACGCCGAAGAUGACUUCGAGGCGGAUGAUGCGCCAGUUGUUGCGACAGUGGCUGACGUGCCAGAAGUAGAAGAGGCACCAGCUGAAGUUGCUGCUCCUGUGGAUGAAUCAGCUGCAGUUUCUGCAGGUGAACCAGCGCCAGCGGCUGCAGAAGAAGAAGAAGAAGAAGAAGCUACUCCUCCUGCACCAGCAGCAGCCGAAGAAGAGGAAGAACCAGCUGCUGAAGAGGCACCUGCGGCAGCGGAAGCGGCUAAGGAGGAAGUUGAUCCCCUUGGCGCAACAACGAUGGCUGAAGAUACACUAGUAGAAGGCGAUGCGACAGUGACAAUGGGAGAAGAUGCUACACUAGCUGAGGGUACGACAAUGGCGGAGGCGACAGUCGAAGAAGCAGCUCCGACUGAGGAACCGGUAGCAGAGGAGGCAGCGCCAGCGGUGGAGGAAGAGCCAGCUGCUGCCGCGGAGGAGGCACCUACUGUAGCGGCUCAAGAACCAGCAGCAGAAGAGGCUGCUGCACCAGCUGAGGCAGACCCAGCUGCAGCUGAGGAAGCACCGGCAGCGGCUGAAGAAGAGGCUGUACCAGCUGAGGCGGCACCAGCGGAAGAAGCUCCAGCAGCUGCUGAGGAGGCGCCAGCUUCGCCAGCAGAGGAAUACGCUGAAGAAUUCGAGAAGGAAGAAUAGAUCUAAAGAUUGACGUAAAGGUAUCAGUAGUCAUAUGUGGUUAUACUCAUGUGGAACAAGGGUACAGAUAGCAGGCUAAAAGACGGAUUACAGAACUGACGCUAAAAACUAGAAUGAAGAUGAACUAUCUUACGUUUACAAAACACAACAGAAAUAUUGACUUCGACGUCGUUCAUGAUCAUAAUUGAACUCUAAAUCUAAUCUACACUAAGUGAUAUCGAUCCCAAGAUGCGACCAUCUCUAUCUUACAACUAGGCAAAGUUGUCAAUAUUAACUAGCUCAGCAAGAACUUUAAGAUCAGAGCACUCUGCUUGUCCCAAUCACUGAGGGAGUGCCUCUAAGUCGUAAAUUGAUCAUAGCAAGUCAGCUACUUCGCAAGUACUAUCUACCUACUGAACUUCUACUAGACGCUUCGGCGUUUGAAAUGCAGACUACUGACAAAGAGGAGAACUACAACAAUGAGAACAAUUAUUCAGUCCAAACGCAAACACAGAACUGCACACACGACUUGGAUUUUCGAUACAACCAUGCAGCCGUAUACACGAAUCAUUAUUCGAAUGGACGCCAUCGCCAUGUGGGGACACAUAGCUGAUCCUUCUGAUAGGGUCGUCAGUGGACCGACCGAACCUGAGAAUAGAUAGCAACUUCAAGCAGGAGCAACACAUCUAAAUUACAGAGAUCGUCACAAUGUCAUACUUACACCAGAGCAACAAGAUUUGCACAGGAAACAUGAAUUAUUUAGAUCGGGAACGGAAUUUCUACUAGAAUAGCAACACCAGCUGAAUAACCUGGGUGAUGAACAGUUAACGCGCCAAAUACGCAGCUGCGCAGAAUUUCAUAUCGUAUUGAAGGAUAGUGAUCAACUAGAGUGAACAGCUACACCAAGGGCACAAGAACAGGCACGAUAAUCAUGCAUAUCAGGACCUUCUAAAUGAGAGUAUCAGGAAAGAGCGGAAUUCUAACAUCAGUAAGAUUUAGGAACGGUGUAACAAGUGGCAAUUGGAACAAGAGUCUAUCUAUUUCAAUGGGCUCACACAAGAGCUCCCCAUCUUCUAAUGAUUGAUCCUCUGAAGAUUGUACAAUAAAAGGUUGGCAAUGCAACUAGGUGUUAACUAUUAUAGAUCUAGUCUACAAUGGACUCUCAACAGUCACAGGGCUUUUCCUCACAACCUAAAUUCGGGCUUAAAACCUCGAGAUCACAACUAGCGUCGCACUGAGUCGAGAUCUAAAAAAUCGUGCUCCACAGGGAAAGAUGCCUUAC